AGCGGAGGAAGGAGGGGAGGAAAAAAAAAAACUCAACGGGCUGGCGGUGUGGGGGUCACGAACUAUGACCUUUAACAGAAGAAAACCAAAACAAAUAUUUUAUAAAAUAGCAGACAACUAUAAAUCUGUGAUCCCCGAAUCCCGGAGACAGACCUCACUAAUGACCUUACAUCAUCAUGACGACCAACCCGAAUCUGCUUUCUCAGCAGAAAUUGGCCUCUGAGCAGGUAGCAAAGGUGUCUAACCUCUCCCUCAGAUUUGAUGAUGAGUGGGUCUCCGCAGCACUUUCAGGUCAUCUCCACUGAGCCUGCUACAACACCACAGCGAAUACAGAUUGUAACAGACCAGCAGACUGGUCAGAAGAUCCAGAUAGUGACAGCGAUGAACCCGUCCAGUGCUCCCAAGCAGCAGUUCAUCCUGACCACGGCUGAUGGCUCAGGGACAGGCAAGGUGAUCCUGGCCUCUCCAGACAGCCAUAACACAAAGCAGCUCAUCUUUACAUCUGCAGACAGCCUGAUGCCGGGAAGGAUACAGAUUGUUACAGAUCCCGUGUCAAUGGAACGGCUGCUGGGGCAGUCAGGGGAUUUGAGCCGACCACAGCCAGUGGAGUACUGUGUGGUGUGUGGAGACAAGGCUUCAGGGCGUCACUAUGGAGCAGUCAGUUGUGAGGGGUGUAAGGGCUUCUUCAAAAGGAGCGUGAGGAAGAAUUUGACCUACAGCUGCCGCAGUAAACAGGACUGCGUCAUCAAUAAACACCACCGCAAUCGCUGCCAGUUCUGUCGGUUGCGGAAAUGCCUGGAGAUGGGGAUGAAAACUGAGUCCGUGCAGAGUGAGAGGAAGCCGAUUGAUCUGGUGCCCAGAGAGAAGCAUGCCAACUGUGCUGCAUCCACACAAAAGAUUUACAUCCGGAAGGACCUUAACAGCCCGCUCAUUGCCACGCCAACCUUUAUCUCUGACUCUGAGACAGAUGUCUCCAGAUCCAGCCUGCUGGACCAGGGGAUGCUGGUUAACAUCCAGCAGCCUGUCAUCCAGACUGAUGGAACUUUGCUGCUGGCUGCUGACUCAAAGAUGGAGUCAGGGCAGGGGGACUUGGGGACACUAGCGAAUGUGGUGACAUCACUGGCCAGCCUGAGUGACUCACUCAACGAGAAUUUAAAUAACGGUGAUACCUCAGACAGCCAGCAGGAGGAGCAAUCUGCCAACGAUAUAACACGUGCCUUUGACACCCUGGCCAAAGUCCUGAACCCACCAGAAGCAGGGAUGGGACAGGGCCUGGCAGACAAGUCGCAGUGUGUCAGUGGAGCGACCAUCCAGCUGAUUGGUCGAGACCAGGAGACUCCCAUCAUUGAGGUGGAGGGGCCGCUGCUCACAGACAGCCAUGUCAGCUUCAAGCUGACUAUGCCCAGCCCCAUGCCUGAGUAUUUGAAUGUACACUACAUCUGUGAGUCAGCAUCCCGCCUCCUCUUCCUCUCCAUGCACUGGGCUCGCUCCAUCCCCGCCUUCUCAGCUCUUGGUCAGGAGGCAAACACCAGUUUGGUGCGAGCCAGCUGGAACGAGUUGUUCACUCUAGGUCUAGCUCAGUGUGCUCAUGUGAUGAACCUGUCAACCAUCCUGGCUGCCAUCAUCAACCACCUUCAGAGCAGCAUCCAAGAUGACAAGGUUUCUGGGGACAGGGUGAAGCAGGUGAUGGAGCAUAUCUGGAAGUUGCAGGAGUUCUGUAACAGCAUGACCAGGGUGGAGACGGACAGCUACGAGUAUGCCUACCUGAAGGCUAUCGUGCUCUUCAGCCCUGACCACCCGGGCCUGGAUAGUAGCAGCCAGAUUGAGAAGUUCCAGGAGAAAGCCCUAAUGGAGCUGCAGGACUACGUGCAGAAAACCUAUCCAGAUGACGCCUACAGGUUGACCCGUAUCCUGACGCGUCUGCCAGCGCUGCGCCUCAUGAGCUCAAGCAUCACAGAAGAGCUCUUCUUCACUGGCUUAAUAGGUAACGUCUCGAUAGACAGCAUCAUUCCCUACAUCCUCAAGAUGGAAACGGCUGAGUACAGCAGCCAGGACUCUGACCCUGCAGAAUGACACCCCAUCACUCCUGAGCCAGAGAAGAUAAGUCUACUUCACACACACUCUCUGCCCCCUAAAGGGUCAGCGUUGACCCCCAGUCCAUAAUCCUGCAGCGGCCCCUGCUCUUAUAACGAUGCAUGAUGCAAAACCAUUCAGGAGUCCCUGGUAGAUUAAGAUCCCGUGACACAGGAGAGCCAGGAUGGCACUUGAAGUGUUUUCUGGACGAGAUAAAGCAGUGUGGAAAGCUUGAGUUUCUUGGCCUAUAUUUCAUGGCGCUGAAUUUGACGAAAGAGGAGUUCCCUGCAGCUGGUGCUCGUUUCUCUUUCUGUUUUUAUAGCACUUAAAACAAAUUCCUUAUUAUGUGAACUUUGUCAACUAAACCUCUCGAGUUGUCAUAGUCUUAUCUAAGCCUUACCAUGCCCUUGUGUUGAUCACAUGCAUCAUUUUAGCACUAACUUUUGUUGCGAACGUCAGAUAGAUGAAAUAACCAGUACAGUCCUUAAUCUCAAAGUCAACUAAACACAAAUCUUGCACACAGGAACUGAAUUUCGCCUUUUUCAAAGCUCUCGUAUAAAGACUGAAGAAAAAAUUCUUGGUACGGACUGUAAAAUGGACUUUGAAACUGCAGUAUAACAGUAAAGGCUUCUCUGAAUGUCAUUAUAAAAUAGUAAAAUGAAACAUAUGUUGUUGGAAUUUUUUUUCUUUUGUUUAUUUUUUUAUCCAUUUUGAAAUUGACAGUUUCUUAUAUGAUGGAAAGCAUCAAUGUACAGUUACAUAUAUAAUGGUUCUUUCUUUACUCCUAGAUAAUGGUUGACAUAGGAACUUACAAAUCAGGUACAAGAACUAACUCAGUUUAAUGGCAACAAACCUCAAUCCUUAAUCUGCAGAGCAUUCGAGUGGACUAGUUAUCUUUGGUAUUUUGUCACCACACAGUGCAUUCACAGCUCCUUACAGCAUGACCAGUAUUUGAUUCACCUUCUGUUUCAUCAUUUUUCAGUAUUGUGCUUUGAAUCAGAUUCACAAAUUCAGUUACGCUAGAUUGGCCAGUUAAAUUGACCAAAUCUCUCUUAACAGAAUGGUCAUGUUUUAUUUUUAUGUUUUGUUUUGUUUUUUUCCUGCGGCAUAGUGUCUCAGAGAUUUUAUGCAGCACUGGAGAUGAUUAGGUACAGUUAUUUCUAGAUUAGGAAGUGCACAUUUGUACCAUGGUCAUGUUGCAAAUGUUGCCUGUGCAAUUACUACACCACUUUUCCCUUUAUGACAAUCAAUUAGGCUAUAUGCUAUUUUCCUCAGUUCUCAUCGAAUCAUGUCUGUUUUGUAUAAGCCUUUUUUUUUAAUCAUUCUGCAUUUUAUAUGUGUAUUUAUCAGUGGCAGUUGUUUUCUCUAAGGAAUCAGAUGAGCUUCAAUGUUUGGGUUCAGAGAUGUUACUUAUGUGUAGCUAUGCUACAGUUUUUGUACACAUAAAUGUGUUGGCAUUUAUAUUGUGUUAAAUGCACAUCAAUCAGCUUUUGUUGCGCUCUACUACAUUCAUGCUGAUUUAAAAUUUUGUGUUACAUGUCGUUUUAAAACUUAUUUGUUGUGAACAGAAUUGCUUGUUGCAUACUAAGUGUACUUAAAGUACUUUUGGGCAGGUUUCCCAGACUAAACAAAAAAAGAAAAGAAAAGAAAAAAGAGCUUUCCUGGGAAACCAGCCUCAAGUGUAUCAAUGUCUUGAAGACCACAUGAAAUAUGCAUAGGCCUACCUACACAUGUUAUGGUUCAGCAGCAGCAUCCACAGCAACAUGAAUGAUAAUAAGGAUGUAAAGCAAACAGUGAUUAUGUUCUUGUGAAAUAAAUGUCAAUUGUAAUAUCUGGGUUUAAUGCCCAUAAAGACUGUUUGUAAAGGCACUUGUGUGAAUUGACCUUUGUACAUGUAAUUUCAUUAAAAUGAGUGCAUGUUGUUUUUAAGCUGGGUUUUAUAAUAUUGUCACUGUCUGCCCUUAAAGGGAGCAUUGUUAUUAUUUUUAUAGUGCAUUGCAGUGCAUGAAGUUGCUUAAAUGCAUUUUAUUAAAUGCUGUAUUUAAAAAAAAAAAAUACUGAUGUAAAUGUUGUGGCUUUAAAAUAUCAACCAUGAGCAGCUGCCAUAUUAGAGGAUAUUAGACCUGAAAGAGGAUUUUUUUUUUUCCUUUUCUUUUUCAGCUUUGUGGAUUGAGUAUCCUAUGCUUCAAGUUUUAUAAGUGUUCAUGUACUUGUUCAGUGUAUUUCUUCAGACAUUGUGAGUGAAUAAUAACUCAAACAACAUUCAUGUUUUGCUCAAGUUUGUCUCAGCCCUACAUUUUCUACCUCACACCGAUGAAAAUAUUAAAAAAAAAAAAAAAUGUAUUUCACAGUUGAGCUCCUGUAUUGGCAUUCCAUUCUCUGAGGCUGGCUUCUCCGAGGCCACAGAUUAUGACAGAAAUAAACAAUUACCCAUGCAGUAA